GCAUGAGCAUGACGCACCUGAAUCCCCUUCUUCCACGGCUCCACCACCACCACCGUCACCACCACCGCCACCGUUCUAUAUAACAAACACCACUGCCACAGCCUUCACUCGCAUCUCUCACGCAUCGAUCGCAAAUGUCUCCCCUCGCCGCCGCCCGCCUCCUCGCCGUAGCUCUGGCGGUCGCCGCCGUCGCCGCCGCCCCGCAUCCUUGCGUCACCUUCAUGCAGUCGUUCACGCCCUGCACGUCGUACGCCACGGGGCAUGGACCCUCGGUGCCGGUGCCAGUGCCGUGCUGCGACGGCGUGAAGUCCAUGGCCGGCAUGAUGACCACCCGCGCCGACCGCGUCGCCGCCUGCACGUGCUUCCAGGCCGCCGCCGCAAAGAUGCAGGGCAUCGAUUACGGCCGCGUCACCACACUACCCGGUCACUGCAACGUCGACGCCACGUUCGACUUCACCCCCGACGUCCACUGCGACACGAUUAAAGCGGCGGCGGUUGGGACGGGAGCCGAGGAGGAACAACACCUUUAAGAUCACGAAGCCAGUGAUCCACACUUAUGAAUAAAAAGGAUUUGAAUCUGGAGCAAGAACAGGACUCCCUGUUCAUUUUAAUGUUGAGCUGAAGAACAAAAUGCAAUAAAUAAAGGAAUACAGAAUUUCGCUUUAAAAAA